AUGAAUUAUGCUAAGAGGGAUUGUAGAGAUGAGAUCCAAAAAUGUCUUCGACUGAUGGCUGGUCCUCGUAAAUUGAGGAUUAUCAUUACUGUGGACGGAGUAACUAUUGUUCCUGGUGUUCCUAUCGACGUUGUAAUUAGUUUUGUUGUCAGUAGUGUUGACAAUGAUGAUGUUCCUAUUUAUGUUGAUGCUAUUCUUGGUGUUCCUCUGGACGCUGUAAGUAGUGUUGAGAAUGCUGAUGUGCCUGCUUAUGCUGACGUUCCUACUGUGAAUGAUGAUGCUCUUCCUUCUACUAUUAAAAUUAUUGAUGAAGAUCCCGAUGUUCCGGACAUGGCAGAGGAUCCAAAAUAUCCUUCCGAAGUUGAAGAAAAAGCAUCUCCGGGACAUCUCUCUUUCUCUCUCCACCCGCGGAAGCACUUGUAUCUAAGCUUCAACCCUAUGAUGAUGAGACUAAAAUGCGUUUCUUCUUCUAUCUAUUCCUCUUUCUGUCGACAUAAAGCAGCCAACCCUAUUUUCUCAUCUUCUCCAAAUGCUCCAUCAUCAUCAAAGUUGAGAUAUUUCUCAUCCUCUUCAGAUUCAUCCACCAAAUAUCCUCUUCCUCAUAAAUCCAGAUUUGAUAAUCCUUAUAUUGACAGAUACGGGAAUCCCACAAAGAUAUCUAUGGAUCAGCUCGAAGAGUUUAUGAAGGAUCAGAAGAAAUAUCCAGUUAUCAGUCUUGAAGAAUCCAAGAAGAAAAAGAUUUCUAGUAGCUUCUUUCAUAUUCCUCAUCCAGAUCUUGUCGAAGAAGAAGCACGGAUGAAAAUAUACUCAAUGUCUACUAAAUGCUACUUUGCUUUGGGAGCCAUUGUUUCAGAGGAUGUUUCGUACAAAAUCAAAAUUCAAAAUAUGUGUGAUAUCGCUGCUACUAUACCGCGGGGAAGAAAAGGGAGUCGAAACAAAUGUUCUGAAUGGGUAGUGUCACAUGUUCAGCAACAUGUUUUACUUGCUCAUUUUCUUCAGAUGUUGUAAGCUGAUUUGAGAUCUUCAUUAAUUUCUUCACUGUUGCGAAUCGAAAAGGUUUAUGGUUUUGCCGAUUAAAAGAAAAUGAUCUUAGUUUUAUAUCUGAUAUUAUGAUGCUUAUUAUGAUGCUUGAUGUUUGUCU